CCGAGUCCUUGUGUGAGUCACAGUCGCACACUGCGGAACACUGAACAGCUGUCUGAGUCCCUUCUCAUAUGCAGUCUCUCUCUGCAGACCAGGCGCCUUGAAGUUGCCGCCUGCUAUGACGCAUUGCACUUUCGCUCAUGCAAUGCGGCGGCCAUGGCGCCCAAGCGGAGUGUCUUACAUUCCUGGUUUUUCAUUUAGCAGCUCCAUUUACUAGCUUGCUUAGGGUGGUCCGUUCUGUGACAAGGUGGCAAAGCUGGGCUCGCUACAAAGCUCUCUUUACAUAUUGUUCUGUUCAAUCGAACUGGCAGCAAAGGCAGGUUGCUAAGAUCUGGGGUACAGUUCUAUCGGUCUGUCUGUACCUCAGCAUUUGAAAACGAGUUGCUGUCCCUUGAAGGCAUGUUGAAUGCAUGCUUCAAACAAUUUUGAGGCCCUAGUUCUUCUCCGCAAAAAAUGUUUCUCAACAGCAACCCAGUUCUGGAGAUUCGUUCUCCUUUAACUGCGUAAAUAGCGUUCCUUGGACCGGUGUCCGGCCAGUGUCAGGUCGUCGCUUGAAAAAGAUGGGUUGCGGGAGGAGGUGGAUCGCUGUCAACGUCGUGGGCGUCUGCUUGCUUCUCUUAGUCUUUGGGGGAGUGGUCGGCCCAGAUCUGACACAAAGUGGGCUGGGACCAGGAGACAGUAAAAGCGGACGCGUGUCAGGUGUAGGGCAUGGCAGAAGGGCCCGGGCACUGCUGCAGUCGCGUCGGGCGCUCCAGCAAACCGACCGGACAUUCGCGAGGGAGCGCCGCCGAUGGGACGCAGAGGCGCUGCAAAAUGUUGGCGUUCCAGUCAUUCUGGGCAGGGGGGUUUCUGUUGAGGAUCGGGUGCUGCAUUUCCGGAGGCGGGGCAUUUCAGAUUUUUUCGAGGCUGAGCCGGAGUGGCCAGAAAGCCAAGAAUCUGAAGAGCCGGAGGACGAAGUGGGGGCUGAAUCGAGUAUGGAGGGAGAUACUGACCAAGUGCUAGAUAGUAAAAGUGUAGGAGAGGCAGGGAGUGGAAAAACCGGCCACAAGGGCUUAGGAAAGGGCGGGCCGGGGAGCGUCCCGGAGCUAAUUAUCAGGGACUCGGACUCUGAAGUUAGAACAGCAGAGACUUUCGCCCCAGUGCAGACUUUGUUCGUAAAUGUAACAGCCAACUCUACUGGCGGAGCGGCAAACUCCAGUAAUCUAGAAAAGAAGGGUCCACUUCUCGGGCAGGGUUUGCCCCUAAACAUAACAGGUGGAGUAGCCACAAAUAAAAGCUCGCGGCUCAACCAGUCUGAAUUUAGCAGCAGGGAUCCUGACUUCGACGCCCAUCCGCACAUUCUGCAGAAUGUCACGGAGGCCGAACGUGUUGAGCAAACAACCGCAGAGUCUGAACCGCUCACUAAAGGGGCACCUGGGGAGGUACGCGACAUAGAGCAGGAACAAGGUUUGGAGUUAGAAGAAAUAGAAACUACUGCCCCCACUCAGCCCCCGGAAGAAGCUGAGAUGCAAAACCCCUUCGCAGACCCCGAAACAGCGCCGAUGCUCGUCCUCCCCCCCCAGCGGUCAAUAAAAGUGUACAUAUACGACCUGCCCCCCCACCUGAACCGCGACUUCGUGACCCGCGACCCGCGGGUUAGGCAAACCAUGUUCGCAACCGAGGUGUUGAUUCACGAGAACUUUGAGCAGUCUGCGGUGCGGACGCUCGACCCGGACGAAGCAGACUUCUACUUCAUCCCCGUGUAUACGGCCGCGGUUCUGGAGGACUCGGGGCGGACGAUUCCGGACUCGUCGCACGGCACAAUGCUGGAGGCGGUGAUGUAUGUGGCGGAGAGGUGGCCAUACUUCAACCGGAUGCGGGGGCUGGAUCAUGUGGUCGUUGCGCCGCAUGAUUAUGGCGCCUGCUUCCACUACCGGGACGAACUGGCGAGCCAGACCAAAUUUCGGAUGGUCCUUCGCUACCUGACGGUGCUCCAAACGUUCGGCGUGCACAACCACGUUUGCUACCGCCCUGGCCGCAGUGUCGUCAUCCCGCCCUACAUCGACGUCCGGAAACUGCGCCAGCUGGCGUUCGCACCCGAGCGGGACGCCCACGAGAAAUCGGUGCUGGCGUUCUUCCGGGGGCUGUACAUUGACGCAGGAAACGACGCUACUGGCAAAGUGUACUCUAGGGGCGUCCGCCUCGCGAUCGGCCAGACGUUCGCCAACCACCCCGACUUCGACAUCAGCGACGCACCGUCCCUGACCUAUCUCCAAGACAUGAUGCGCGCAACUUUCUGCCUGUGCCCGCUCGGGUGGGCCCCCUGGAGCCCGCGCAUCUUUGAGAGCGUGCAGAUCGGGUGCAUCCCCGUCAUCAUUGCGGAUGACAUCAUCCUGCCGUUCGAGAACUACUUCAACUGGGAGCGGAUCGCGGUGCGCGUCAAGGAGGCGGACGUGCCGCGGCUGGAGGAGAUACUCAAAGGGAUCCCCCCCGAAAAGGUGGCUGCCAUGCAAGAGGCGAUGUGGGAUCCGCAGGUGCGGCAAGCGCUUAUCUUCCCGGAGCCGGCUGAGCCGGGCGACGCUUUUGAGAUGAUAUUGAACGAGUUGGAGGCCAAGGUGGAGAGAAUACGGCAUAAGCGGGCGGAAUACUUCCGAAAGCACGGGCAAUGAGUUAUGGGUUCCCCGGUCCAGUCAAAUAAUGCGGUCACCUUUCAAGACGACAAUGCGUUGAAUUGGAAGAAUAAGGAAGAACGGAUCUAGUUGCCGCUCUACGGGUCUACGCUAGGCUUGAGGCACGCUAGUGUCGACCCGGUAAGGCUUUCUAAAACAUAGCAAAACAUUGGCCAACUCUGGGUUAACGGUUAUGAGGAGUAUAUAGUAUGACUUUCAAGCUCGGUGGAGGGCAUGUGAUGCACCAAACGAUGUGUUUAUUGAUGCCAAAAGGGUAUUUUCUCCAACUAUAUGCCCAU